AAAUCCCGGAUAAAAUGGAGCGAAAGAAAGGAGACAGAAACAGUAUGUCUGCGCUUAUCUCGUUUUGCGAUGAUCUAUCUUAUGUUCUUUGAUUAUUGAUUGUCAACGUUGUCAACGGGUAACUUUUCACAACACGUUUUUCUCGUUAUUAAGCCUAUAUUUCGUAGAAAAUGAAUAAGCACGACUCAGAAAUUUGCGGUUUUCUGGACGUUAAAUUAGUGGGAAAUAGUUAUAUCACGCAAAAAGUGAAAAAGAAAGGUUUGACGCUGUCAAAGGUUUGGAAACGAUUUUGGUGCUCUGUAAAGAAAUUGGAACCUGGUCUUGGUGUGCAAUUACAUUUUAACACCAAGCUAAAUUACAGCAGCAGUGCUUUAAGGCAAAACGGAAAGAACAAUUCUGACAAUUGUGUGAUAAUACCAUCGAAUGCUGUUGUAUAUCGCAUGCAUUCUAAAACGAAGCGAUUUGCUUUCUGUAUAGCACCAAAAAAAGACAGAAGACCCUUAGUGUCAUUGUCUGCUAAUUCAGAAACUGAAGCACAACGUUGGAUGGCAAAUAUUAGACACUUGUUGAAUCCUAGAAAAUAUUGUGGCAGAGAGAAGUGCUACAAGGUAUCUAUAGUUGACAAUACACAUUCGAAAGCAGCAGGUUUGACUGGUCUACAUGGAGACUUGAUUACCAGCAAAGCAGGCAUUUUUAUCAAAAAUGUUUCUACUGCCGAAACAAUUGAAAGUUUUGAGUGGAAGGAAUUUAAUCAGUUUCAUUUAAUGACAGCAGGUCGUCCAGAAGAUGUGAAACGUGUUUGUGUAAUACAUACUACUAAAGAGUUUCGCUGUGGGGUUGGAGAACUCCAUAUAUUUUGUCUUGAGGCUAAUAAAUUACUACAAGAUUUAGUAACACAAGGUCGUGGUCCAAAGCAGAGACAAAACUCUUGCAGUUUUAAUGAGAAGAAUCUUGAAGCAUUGACACAACACAAUGGAGUGAACAAUUCUCUUUUACAUCCAAGAAGUGACACAUUUCCCUGUAUUCUUAAUGCAGAGGCCAUUUGUGAAGCUAAGGAGAACAUAUAUCAACCAGAAUGUAAUUUAACGCGCAGUGGAAAAAUCGAAUCUUGUAACCAUAAGACAUUAGAUACUUCUUAUAUUUCUGAAAUUUAUGAAGAAAUCACGGACAAUGCAUGUUCUUCUAAAUCCAAAACAUUUCCUUCAAAUGUGUAUGAAAAUAUAGAUAAAAAUUCAUACAACCUGCCAAUGGAACCUCCUCCACUACCACCACGACAGAACCAAAAACAAGGAUGUAUAAAUGAAGAUAGGGUGAAUAUAGGACAAUAUACUCAAACAGAAACAUUCGAUUUUGGAACAAGAUUACAAAAUACUAAAGUAGAGAUGCAAGGAGCUAUUCUCACAGACAGUUAUGUUCUGAUGUCACCACAAUUAAAAGACAGUGAUACAUCGGAAUUUGACAUCACUGAAAAUUCGAAAGAAAAUGAUUAUGUAAUUAUGGGAUAAUGUGAAAAAAACCCAUGGGAUGUCAGCCAAAGUAGCACUUCGGGUUGGUCCCCCCUUGUCGUAAAAGAUGACUAAAAGGGACACGAUCUUCCUGGUUCUAAGUUGGAUGUACGGUUAACAACUAUGGAUAGCAAAUCAUGAAUCACAAAGCAACAUGCAAACUUAAAAGAUAGUAUAAAAAACUUGGAAAAUAGUGAUAAAACUUUGGUGAAGACUGGAAAUAUGUAAGUUUAUAAUCUAUUAUAUAAGUCUUCCACGGAUUAUGUUACUGACUGCCACAGAAGUGUUCUAAUUUUUUAAAAACGAUUGAUUUUUUCUACAAUGGAAUAGUAUGAAAUAUGUGUGAAAUUAAUAUCUUAUCAGUAUCUGUUUUAUAAUUUUUCGUAAAAUACUAAUGAGAUUAAGUUUGGGUCUAAAGAAUGCCAUCGUUCACGAGCAAAAUAUUAUUCGUAAAAUAUGAAAUUAAAAAUAACUUUGUUAACUAAAUCAAUUUAUAUUACUAUUUAUAUUACUAUAUUUUUUCCUACAUUUAUAAAUCUUAUUACGAAUUACAAAAGGGUUUGAACUAGA